UAAAAUCGAUUCGAAAUCUAUCGCACACCUCUUACUCUUAGUCUGUAAGGUUGUCUCAUAUUUUAUCAACAUCACCACUGCUAUCACUCUGUUUUACAUCAAAUUCAGUUGCUGUUUCAUUCGCGAGCCAUACGCUACUUAAAUUUUUAUUCCGAUCGCCAUUAAACCGCUCGCUCGCCCAUCCUUUAAUUUAAACUUUCAAUAAUGAAAUAAACAAUAAUAAUAACAGUAACAAUUAAAAUAAUCAUUUUUAUCAACAAACUGGACCUUCAUAAAAAUAUACUGACGUUAAAAAAUAAUAAAGACCCAAAGGAUAUUAUGCGACAUUAAGGAGAGACGGAAAAGCAUUAAUGGGUCGCAAAAAGUGGUGGAAAGGGGGCAGUAGCCUUUUAUUGCUGGUGUUUAUUUUUAUAAACAAGCAGGUGGUCCAUAGUGAUGGUGAAAUUGGCUGUUUAUUCGACCGAAAUGUUUGCGCAUCUGCUGAAGAAUCUUGUUUUGAUGAUGCUGCAUUCGGAAGAUGUAUUCCAUCUGUAGACGUCAGUGAUGAAGAUGUAUAUCAAUAUAAUUUGGACCCAAGACAAUUGGAAUUAUUGCGCAAGCAAUUGGAAAAACUUGUUGCUGAUAAAUAUGAGUGGUCUCAUCCAUACACUCAGUGUGUAAUGCAAAAUGCAUUGUACAGCAUUCGCAAUAAGUUUAAACAUGACAGUAAAAUAUGUAGAAAGUUGAAAAAUUUUACAGAAAAACCACUGGCUGAUUUGGUUGAUGAAUCUGAAACUGACGAUAUUUUACCAUUGGCUGUCGUUAAUUUUAUGCCGACUCGAGGUCAUGGUUACGGAGACUUUGCAAAUGAGAAAUAUUAUCCCCCUGUAUUGUCAGAACUCGAGGAACAUUCUUCUCAAAACAUCCAAGACUACCCAUAUGAUCCUUACUUGGUAAUAGAAGAACAACCCGAGCGUCAUCCAACUUUAAACUUUGAAAACAAUAAUAAUAACAAUGAGCAAUUAAUCUUUGAGCCCGACGAAUUAAACCAAAUAAACAAGUACGAUGACGAAGAACUUUAUGAAAUUUCUCGAAAGUUAGAUGAGUUGGAACGUCAGCGAAAAGUUAACGCAGCCAAAGAAACAACGAUAUUUCGAUCACGCCGUCAACCCCACGAUGAAAUUCCUCGUAGUUUAGGCGCCGAAGUUGACGACUACUUGGAAUAUUUGAAAGACUCUACAGAUAAAUAUGAAGAUGCAGAUGAAGAAAAUGAUGGAGAAGAUAAAAAUGACUCUUGGUUCGACACCAGCUCACUGAGAAAAUCUAAUAAUGAAAGAGUUGAUAAGUCAACACUUAAAGAUCUUGCGCGGAUGGAAUUUCUUAAAAAUGACAGGGCAUGGGAUGGACUCAGAGAUGAAGAAAGUACAGACGACAAAGAAGAAGAUGAUGAGAAAGAAAGUGAGGAGAUUGAAGAAAUAUUGAAUAAAGAUAAUGCUAAGUUAUUAAAAAAUAAUGAAACGCCAGAAGAAAACAGCGGAAUUUACUUUGAAGGAGGCUUCAUUAAGCCACUAAAUUAUAGAAAUAUUUAUGAAAAAGAACCGGAUAAUAUAAAUAUUGAUGAUCUUCCGUCAUUAAUUUGGAACAGAGAACUUUCGGGUUUCAAGAGACCAGAAAGACUUGACGUCAAAAAACCUGGGCCAUAUUUUUCAACAAAUAAUUUUGCUUUCAAAACUCAAACUUCUUCAUCAAUUGAAGACGAAGAGCUGGCGGACAAUGAGGAAGUCCUGAGGGCGCCGUUAGUAAAAAAAGAAUUGAUCGCUGGGAAAGACAUAACCAGAUUGUCUUUAGAGAAAGAUCCUGCAAAGUAUGACAACGUUGACAUGGAUCACGUUUACAUUCAAUUCAAAGAAGAGUUUCAUAAGUGGGCAGAAGGAAAGGAAAUUGUUGACAAGAUUGAAGAAUUACUUGGAUUAAAUUCCGGAGCUUUUUCAAAUCCCAGAGUCGGAAGAGCUGAAGUUACUUUCAAAGUAUUCAAAAAUUCGCGCAACAUGAAUCCUAUGGAAGUAGUAUCGCAGCUUGACAAUAUCAGAGGAAAAUUGCGGGAAACUAUGAAUGUAAAUAUAAUAAAAGCGGGAAUUGGUGAUAAGAUAAAACUCCCGCCAAUGCUAGAAAUAACAAACGUUGAAUAUUCAAUGAGUUCAAUGUUCUUUGCCGGAUUAGUAAUUGCGGGAGUUACAGCAGCUGCUGCAGCAGCAAUAAUAACUUUGAUAAUAGCACGCCGUCACGCUAAAACAAGAGCCAAAUUAGCAGGACUCGCGACUCCAGAUCCUGAAGCUUCGAAUGAUUAUCAAGAAUUGUGUCGCGCACGAAUGCAUGCUAAGCAACCUCCUGAAAAAGUUGAGGUGCCGCGCGUUGCUAAAUUGUCUAAAGAGAGCGAAUCAAAUCGCUCGAGUACUUCUUCUUGGGGAGGUGAAGAAGCUGCUGCACUUUCAAAUAUGGACAUAUCUACUGGACACAUGGUCCUGUCAUACAUGGAAGACCACUUGAAAAAUAAAGACAGGUUGGAUAAAGAGUGGGAAGCUAUUUGUGCUUAUCAACCUGAUCCAUCUUCAACAGCAAUUGCUGCUAACAAAGCUAAUGCUAAUCGUAAUCGUCCUUGCUCAGUACAUCCUUAUGAUCACUCAAGAGUUGUCCUUAAUGAUCUUACUAAUAUCAGCAACUCUGAUUAUAUCAAUGCAUCAACCAUCACUGAUCAUGAUCCGCGCAACCCGGCUUACAUAGCAACUCAAGGACCAUUGCCACAGACAUCAGCGGAUUUCUGGCAAUUAGUUUGGGAGCAAGGAAGCGUGGUGAUCGUUAUGCUAACCCGAUUAACUGAAGAAGGGCGUGCCAUGUGCCAUAGAUAUUGGCCAGAAGAAGGCUCUGAGCUUUACCAUAUCUACGAAGUUCAUCUUGUCUCCGAGCAUAUUUGGUGCGAUGAUUAUUUAGUGCGUUCGUUUUACCUUAAAAAUUUGCGUACAGGAGAAACUCGCACUGUAACACAAUUCCACUUCCUUUCGUGGCCCGAAAAUGGAAUCCCACAGUCAACUAAAUCACUUUUAGAAUUCCGUAGAAAAGUCAACAAAUCUUAUCGCGGCAGAUCAUGUCCAAUUGUUGUCCACUGCAGUGACGGGGCAGGAAGAACGGGUACUUAUUGUCUUAUCGACAUGGUACUUAACCGUAUGGCAAAAGGCACCAAGGAAAUAGACAUUGCCGCAGCACUCGAGCAUAUCAGAGACCAAAGACCAGGAAUGGUAGCAACGAAACAACAAUUUGAAUUUGUUCUUGUUGCUGUUGCUGAAGAAGUACAUGCAAUAUUAAAAGCAUUACCAGUUCAAACAGAAAAAUCGACUGACAAAACAAAUAACUCACCACCACCGACAACUGGCACUUCAACUACCACAUCUGGGCAAUGAGAAAUAAUAUUUUAAAUAAAUAUAUAUGACAAAAUAAUAAUUUAUGUAGUAACAAAUCAAAUAAUCAGACUAUUUUGGCUUAUCGACUACUGAAGGAAUGCUGACAAGAUGAUUGAUAAUGACAACCAUCAGAUUAAUUAUUAAUCAGUUAUUUUUAUUAAAUAUUAUUUAAUACUUUUUGUGAGGAGAAUUAAUUUUUUUUAGCUCACGAUAUUAAUCUGUGUCUUUUUUUAAUCUUAAAAGUCAAUUUUAAUACUCUUACAACAAAAAAAUUAUGUUUUAUAUAUUAAAGAAACAAAGUCCAAGUUUAUAAUCUUUAUACACGGCCUAUUUGAACAAACAAACAAAAAAAAUACGUAACCGUCUUUUGUAACUCUUCAAAAAAUAUAAAAAUUUAUUCCACUGGGUUUUGAAAUUAAUAAUAAUUUGUGGGUAAAUAAAAUAUAUCUCUGGCUAUCAUAAAACUCUUCUACGAUGAUAAAUUUAUAUCUAACAAAAAAAUAGCU